GCUCUGGGUAAGAGGAAACCCUUAAGUGCUCCGGCUCAGGCAGCUUCACCCUUUUCUGUCUCUCACUUUCUUUUAACUCACACCCGUCAAACGUGUGCGUGCUCAGGACCAGAAUGGCUGCAUCAUCUGCACGGAAAACAGACGCACUCAUCAAAAUGCUGGCUUUUGCUUUGAUUGUCAUCGUUCCACUCUUCAAUGCAGGAGUCAUGGCACAGGAAGACGACGACGAAGUUGUGACAGGAACAACGACGGCCGUGAGAGUAGCAGAGUUCAUAAGAGGAGACGGGAUUGCAAUGACAACUAAAGCUCCAAGUUCAGAAGAAGAUCCACAAGUCAUGAUGUUACCAACCAUGGGCCCUUCUGAUCAAACUACAGAACCGACUGAUCAAACUACAGCAGCAGAAAUGACAGGAGACAAUGGCAACAGCGGACCUGGAGAUAUAGAAGUUAUAACAGCUGGUGAGAACACCAUGGUCACAGAUGAGGUACCAACGGAUACUCCCAAAGUGGAACCAGAGACCCAGCCACCUAUGCCUCCCAGAGGUGACGGCCCCAACAACAACAUACCACAGCUCGUUCCACGGGUAGACGUCGUCUGCGUCAGCAAAGAGGCAGUCCAGGACAAAAAUGCCGUCAGUCUUAAACUCAAGGCCCCCUCCACCUGUGAGGACACCAAAGUGAAGAUUGAAAGUGUUCUGGAGGAGCUGUGUGGUGAGGACUGUAAACUGGAAAUCUACCAGGAGGACAACACAGAUGACAUACUUGUAUCUGGAAAGUAUGUUGAAGAUGAUGUGGCGGGCAUGGCUAACAAGUUCAACAACGACAACAUUAAAGAUAAGACUGAUGUGGAGGAGGCUGUCGCUCGCUGGGGGAAGAACUCUAAGCUGGUGCUGGUCUCUCUGCUGCUGGCCGGUCUGCUGCUGGCUGCACUGCUGAUGGCAGGUUAUUACCUCAAGACCCAUCGCAAGAACUCCAAAGGAGUCAGACUGGCUGACACUUUCCAGGUGGACGAGGAGAACCAGGCUAACACCCUGGUGUCCGUGGCCCCCCUGCCUCAGGAGCCCCUCGACAAGCCCACGGUAAACGGCGAGUCUCCACCUGAAAACGGGAACAACCCCGCCCCCACCACUAACGGACACUCUGCCACCCAGACCCCCGUGGCUGACACGGAGAUGUGAAUCAUGAACCCCCCCCCCCCCCCCGCUCUACUGUCACUGGUUGGGACUCACUACCCACAAUCCCCCUCAGAGACUCUCCACACACUGAGACAAAUACAACAACAAUCCACUGAAUAAAUACACCUCCCCCUUUUUCCUCUUCUACACCUGCAUCUCUCGGGACGAUGAUGAAAACAACAAUGAUGAAGCUCAUGACUAUGAAGAAGAUAAUGACAAUGCCUGUAAUGUGAAAAGUUCGGGGAUCACUGAGGAGUCUGCGUACGCUGUUUUGGGGACUCAGCAGGGCACUGACUGUGGUUUGUUAGACGCCCUGACUUCAGCGUGUGUGUCACAAUCAUUUAGAAAUCCCCAAAUAAUGCCAAAUAAGUGCUGUUGAUCCCUGACGAAGAAGCCGAGAAAUUUUUCAACCAAUCAAGCCAGGCAGACCACCAGAUUUUAUACUGUUGUAAAAAGGACUGAAGCUCACUGCUUCAUUUUUUCUCUGUGAUUCAAGAAAUGAUGAUCUUUGUAGCCCCUCUUGCUUUUACCUUAUUUAAACCUGUAAGUGAAUGACAGGCAAAAAAAAAAAAAGUCUCAAUACAAAGAAUGUCGGCCAUGUUUUCUUAUAUGUCAAACUGAAAUACAAAGCAUUCGCUAGUGAUGUUAAAAUUUUUGUAUAGAAACCAAAGACAGUUGACAUAGUGUUAGCAACAAACCAAUAAGUAAAGCUCCCAUGAAAUCAAACAAACGUUAAAAUACUUUUUUAACAAAUGUGUUGCUAAUACACCAAUCUGGCCAGUUUGAAGGUAUUCUGAAAAUUUUGCAAACCAUUACAACCUUCUUUAAUUUUUUAUCUUUCCCUUGUUACAUUUUCUCUCACUUUUCCUCCUCUACCUGCUCAUCGGGUUAUGAAUGCUGCAAGGAACUUCAUUUGUCAACCGAGCUGUCGAUCAUGACGCAUUUUUUGCAUCACAUAAAAUAUCUACUCAGAAAAUGGCGACGUGGACAUCAAUCAGCGCUGAAAAUAAAAACAGAUUCUGGGUUUGACAAAAAUGUAUUUGACAACUGUUUUCACUUUAGACAGAUGACCCUUGUCCCAUCUGUUAAUGUAGAGGAGGCGGGGUCUAUUGCUGCAGAAAGUCAGCAGGGGGAGCUCUAAACAUUUUGGCUUUACUCCGAAGCGGCUGUUUCUCCGUCCAUCUUAAUAUACAAUCUAUGGUUUUUAACAACAAUCUAUUCUUACGAUGGAAAAUAGUUUCUGCCAUUAGUAUUUGCAUUAGUAAUUUAGACUUGUGUCAUGAUGAACAACUUAACCUUUUUGUCAGAGUUGAACUGAGAUAGGUUGCAGAGUACAUUGUCUAUUUUUGUGGUUGUGUCUUGAUUUUCAUGAUGUCAUAGUGUACAGUGUUUUUUUAUCAAAGUCUACAUUUCUUUCUUAUUUCUCUUCUGUUGUUGGGAAUGAUGAUCAGCAACAUUUUUUAAAUAAGCACAAAAUAAAUGAAAAAAAGCUUUGAAAUUCCAACACACCAUCAAGCAGGUUCAGCAUUCCCAAAAAUGAAACCUGUUUUUUUUUACAUCAGUGAUACACAUUUAUUUUUUUUUAUCUCCUCUGCUUCCAUAAUGUGCUGCAUGUGUAAAUAUGCCUGCUUUCUCUGUACCUGUGCCUCACUCAUAAACUGUGACUGUUUCCAAUA